GAUGCAGCUACCCGGCUCUAAUGCGGGUAUGAAUUAAGCCAAUCAAAGCCAAGGCGCCUUAGUAUAUCGAAAUUCGAAAGCUUUAAUUGGAAGCUUCCCAAGUGCGACUACGACAUAGUAACCCAGACCUCUUACACAACAUAGGCUCUAUUCCACAUGUGAUCACCUCGAUUUUAUGUCUAUACCUCAUUGACAAGAGCCGAAGCUCCUUCAAUUCAACUGAAGCUAUUCGCAAUGGGCGGCCUAAACCUAGAAGUUUUCAAGUUCGGCAUGUACGUCAUGUUCCCAAUCGGCAUCAUGUACUAUUUCGGCACGAACCUCGACGAGCGUUUUGCCGUCCCCGACUUUUGGCCCAAGGCCGAGCAGGCGAACAAGGUGCCCAUGGACCGAGACGAGAUCCACGCUGAGCUGCAGCGAUUACGCGCACGACGGCUGUAUCUUAGGGACAAGAGGCUCGAGAACGAGGCGCGGCAGGCGCGGCAGCCUGAGAGUGAGGAGCAGGAGUAGCCGUGUUAGACAAGACCCCGGGGCUUUGACAUGGGCAAUGAAAGGAAAUAGGUGCAUUGGCUUCGGCGGCGUUUAGGGGAACGGAAGGAAACUGGGACUGGAACAUGAUUACGCGACCAUUACAUAUUUUGGACUUUGGACUUGACUCGAGCACUAGGCGACAAGGCUAGUCUCUCCACUCCUCGUAAAGACGGCAAUUAAAUGAAGACUGCUG